AUGGAGGCUGACGCACUGCCACCUUUACAGAUUACUAUCAAGGAUAAUAGUGGCCACAACGCCAGCCUUUACGCAUCAACAUGCCACCCAGUGCAGUACAAAAAAGCCCCAUCGGAUAGGCGGCGUAUCUUCCACGAUGUCAUAGGAUACGCCAAAGCUAUACUCGAAAAGGCAAAGCCACUACUAGAUCUAGAUCAAACUGGCUAUGGAAAACUUGCAUGUGUGCCGCUUAUCCUUGCUCUAGACCUUACCACUCGAAGCCACGAGGCGUAUGAGGAUGCUCUCAACGCAUUCUCAUCUAUUUCCCUUCUCCUCUGUCGUUAUGAAGAACGAGAAAAAGACUAUAAGAAACAUCAAGCAGAGAACGAGACCCAGCUUGAACAACUGGAGAAACUUCUUCCUGACUUAUACUUCGAAGUUCUUAUUAUACUAGUAGACUUGGCUAAACAUUUUCAGAGGCGGAGAUACGAGCAGGUCCUAAGGUCUACAGUUAUUGACGUAGAUGGGUGGAAAGUCAAAAUGCAAGAGAUUAAAGAGAAAGAUGAGCAAUGUGAAAGUCUAGUCAAGAUAAUAGAUUCUAAGCUUACUCGAGAUCUACAUAAUAAGAUGAAGGGCUUUGAUGAGGCAAGAGAACGAGACAAUCAUGAUAAGCGAAUAGAGAACGCACUUCAAUGGACGUCAAGCCAUGACUAUUUAGGCGACUAUAGAAAUAUAAUUGAUCGGUUCUCUAAAACCCCAGAUACUGGAAGCUGGAUCUUCAAAAAUUACAAAUUCUUGAAGUGGGACUCAUCGCUGGGUAAAGGGCUCCGAUCAUUGUGGCUUCACGGCCCAGUUGGUUGUGGGAAAACUACCCUAACGACUUUCGAUAGAACGCGAGUCAUCGAGAAAUUUCUCCAGAAUUCCUGGGAUUUCCCUAAGCAUGAAAACAACCAAGUUGCUUAUUUCUACUGUUCAAAGGCCCAGGGCUCUGGCAGCCAGUCAUUAGGAAGUACUGGCGUCCAUUGUACGCCAACUAUCCUGGUCGUCUAAGAGUCAGCAAGCUACCCAGCCCAUAAUGUAUCACUGGAGACACUUUCUGGAUCAAAAUAACCCGAAUAAAGAACCACCGAAGUUAAAUCUACAGGAAUGCGAAACCCGCCUGGGGAAGAUUUUCGGCCUAAGCGACCACAUCACGAUUAUUAUUGACUCUCUUGAUGAAUGUGCCGAUCCGAAGGAACUUCUUGAUGUAUUUCAGAACUUCGAGGAACGGCUUCAGAAGAAGACUACCCCAACGGUCAAAGUUUUUUUCUCUAGCCGGGAUGAAGUCGACGUUUUAGAUCAGAUCGAUUCGAAUCUUUGCGAAAAUCUCAUGUUAACACCUGAAAACACGGCGAAUGACCUGCAAGUAUUUGUAGAAAGUGGUAUUGGAGAUAUCACUAGAAAGAGCAAAUCACAUCCCCUAGGUGGAAAUAAUGAACUAAGAAAAGAUAUCAUCGAUGCUUUAGUUGAGCACGGGAAAGGGGCGUGAGUUAGCACUGAUACGUCCGGAUCAAUGUAAGAUACUGACUCGAAUCCAACAUAUUCAAAUGGACACAGUUACAUUUGGCCAUAAUAGCCAACUUUAUCAACGAAGAUGAUAUCCGGAAGUCCCUAGAUGAGAUCAGAUAUAUGACCAGCUCAACCUAUCUCAAUAAUACCGCCAAUACGCUGGAUUCAUCGAAG